UUUUAUCUAAUUAUCAAUCCUGUUUCCAGUCUAAAUGUCACCAAAUGAUUGACUGAACAAAGAGGAAGUUGACAACCCCUCACUUUCCAUCUUCUUUCCAGGGCCAUUUUGUUUUCACUCUCUUCUCUGCUUAUCCACCUUUCCCUCUCUCUCCCUCUCUUUCCUACUUCCUAACACGGUUUGGCGUCACCAGACUCGAAAUGCAGAAAUGGUCAAUCAACAAACAAGCCCCUGACCAAAUAAAAUCUUAGCCGUCGCUUGCAAACUUGUGAAACAGUGAACAUGUUAAUACUCGAAAAUGAUAUGCAUGCAGGUCAACCUCAAGUCUUACUUGAGUAUUUGAAAAUGCAGAUGGGCCGGGCUCCGCCACUGCCCUUUCCUUUUCAGACCUUUGAUUGGAAACGAUAGAACAAGAUAGUGUAUGCCAACUUCUUGGAAGUUGCAAGACAGAGGACGAGAGAGUUUCUAAAACGCGGUUCAGUAUCUAUAAAAAUGCUUGUCAUCUCAGCUAUGUCAGAACUGAAAACUGUUAUCUUUAUGUUUUGCUUCCUUGAACUGCAAGCUCAAACAAGGGGAGGGGAGGCUGUAGUCCUUGUUGUGUCUUUCAAUUACGAUUCCAAAAUCAUGGGUUCCCCGGCUCAUUCCUUGUUGUGUUAGUUCCUUUUAGGCUUUUUGUAGUAAUAAUUUUUCAUCUGAAAAAGUGUAUUUGUGCAGAAAAUAUCUGUGAAGGCAAGGGCGACAUUUCAAGUUAUAAGCACAAAUCCUUUUGAGAGUAAAAAUGACAACAUGUGAUGCACUCCAAAGAUGGUUCAGAUUGCCUGAACGACUGGUCAUAUUCACUUUUGGUCUGCUCCUCAGCAAGGGAAUGAUGACUUAUGUGCUGGCAAACCUUAUGACAUUCCUCACAGAUUUCUGGAAUUUGAAUUUAAAAGAAGCUGCAGCAAUCGUCAAUCUUCAAGAGGGUCUAAGGAAUAUGUUGCAGAUACUCGUUGCUCUCUGCAUAGAUGCUUGCCUUGGUUAUCGAUGGAUGUUGAUUCUAUCUAGUGUUUUAUAUUCUACUGGACUUGGCCUUUUAGCAUUCUCAGUGCCUCAAUACUUUUUCAAGAAUGAAAAAGUAUGUCCUCUGGAGAAAGUCCAAUGCUUUAAGAAGUUGAAACAUACACCUUUCUGGGAAGGAUUAGCUCUUCUGAUCGCUGGUGGUGCUGCACAAGUUAUUCCCCUUUACUCCCUUUCUUUUGAACAAACCAAGGUUGUAAGAGUACCAGAACACUGUGAAGCAACAAAACUAAAAGUUGCAUGUUGCUUGUGCAAGGUUAGAAUAGGAGGCUGGCGGCAAUUGCAGCAGAGAAUAAUCAGAUGGUUUUGUAUCGGAUUUAUGAUGCUGGGAACUAUAACAUCAGUUUAUGGUUUCAUCUCUUUUAAACGCAAAUGGCAUCAGCGUUUUUUGAUAUCAGCCAUUGCCAUAGUAAUUGGUUUGCUUUGGUUUCUCUGUGGUUUCCCCUUCUAUGGGCCUCGUCGACUGCAGCCAAGUCCUCUUUCCACUAUGCUAAGUGCCUUGAUUGCUGCGGCGCGGAAGAGGCAUCUUAAUUGCGGAGGAAAUUUGGAACAACUUCAUCGUGGUAAUGCGGAAGAAACUCUACUCCUUACAGACCAUCUUAAGUGGCUCAACAAGGCUGCAGUAAAAGAGUCAUUGGCUGAUGAUAAUCUAACGAUGGAAGAAAAGAGAUGGAGACUCUGCACAGUAAAUGAAGUAGAGCAAACAAAACUUCUAUUAAAUAUUAUUCCAAUGUCCGCAACUUUCAUCCUGUAUGGCAUGGUGAAAUCUCUUGGCAAUUCCUUCUUUGUUGAGCAGGCUAACAGCAUGAGAGGUGGUAUCCCAAUAGUUGUUUUUCAGAUGAUCAAAGGAUUUUCUAAAGGGUUAGUCAAAAGUGGGUAUAAAAUGGUGUUUGAAAAACGGAUAAGAAGAAUAAAAAGACAGUACUCUGAUGGAGUGAAGAUUGGCAUUGGUAUGCUGGCUUCUAUAAUAUGCUGCGCUGCUGCGUCAUCAGUUGAGUCUCAAAGGUUAAAAGCUCUGAGUAAAGAGGGCCUGUCAAAUGAUCCGAAUGCUACUGCCCCCAUCACAGCAUUUUGGUUGGUUCUGCCAUUUUUUUUCCUGGGCGCAAUGGAAGGCUUAGCUGGUGAUGGCAUCCAAGAUUUCUUUGGUCAUUAUGCUCCAGAUUCAAGGAGAUAUGGACCUGUAUUUACUAGCUCACUCACCGGAUUUGGAACGGUACUUAACAUAGGAUUCCUAUCUUUUCUAGAUUAUUACAGCAAAUCCAGAUACAGUGUGAGUUGGCUUGGUGAUAAUAUAAACCAAAGUCGGUUAGAUUAUAUCUAUCGCGCAUAUACCAUGGUGGCCCUGUUCAACUGUUUUCUCUAUGCUUAUGUCUCCUAUCAGUAUUCUUACGAUAAUAUCAUAGGAAGACCAGAAGAAGAAGAAGAGAUACCAUUCUUGGAAGUGAAAGAAGAAGAAACAGCAGCCGGAGACCAACAGAACAGCCAAGGGCAAGUGAAUGUUGAGUUGCAUCCGAUUCCAGUGCGUUAGCCUGCUGAUUUCUCAAGAAAUACCAUUUUGUUAUGCUUUCCAGUCCAAGUAAGGCUGUAUUUCCAAGUGUCUAUAAAUAUCUAUAUUUUACGCUUUAGGAUCUUGGUGUAAUGUUUAGAGAGAAGUAUGUAGCAAAAGAGUCAACAGACUGUGAGAUGGUGUUGGGAUUUUAGGUUUGUGAAUAUGAGAGAAUGAACAAAGAAUAUGCAUGUAAUCCUUGAUUCUGAAAGAUUGUUAGUGGAAAAGUUGUUGGAUUUUUACAAUCUUGUUUAUAAA